AUGGAACAUGAAUCAGAGCUACCAUUACCAAAAAACAAAAAAACUCCGGUUAUACCAACUGAAUUAUCUGUACUUCCUCCAUCAGAAACAAUAUAUAUACGCAAUUUGUCAGAAAAAGUCAAAAUUGAUAUUUUAAAAAAGUCAUUAGAAGCUGUUUUUUCAUCAUAUGGCACUAUCUUAGAUAUUAUUGCACAUAAAAAUAUACGAAUGAGAGGACAAGCAUUUGUUGUAUUUGAUUCGAUUGACUCUGCACAAAAAGCUAUUGCUGAUGUGCAGGCGUUUACACUCUUUGAUAAACCAAUGGUUUUGCAAUACAGUAAGACUAAAAGUGAUGCUACAGUCAAACGGCUCGGGACUCAUGAGGAAUUUGAAGAACAUAAAAAACGGAGACUUGAAAAGAAAGAACAGCUUAAAAGUACACAACCAAAAACAAAACAAAUAAAUGCUUCUACCGCCAAGAAAAAUACAUCAAAAAAGACGCAGAAACAGAAUACUAUUCCGGAUGAGCAUCUUCCACCCCACAAAAUUCUUUUUCUUCAAAAAUUGCCCGAAAAUAUCACUGCAGAGGUUCUAUCCGCUGUAUUUAAUCGUUUUUCCGGCUUCAAAGAAGUCCGUAUGGUCCCUGGAAGGCCUGGAAUUGCCUUUGUUGAAUACGAGACCAAUGAUGAUGCCGUUAUUGCAAAACAUGGGACUGUCGGCAUGGCUUUGGGCGGAACUGUUAUUUCCGUAAAUUACGGCAGAAAAUAG